AUGGUGCACAGGCCGAGCUUGGUGUGUCUCUCUUUUCUUGCCGACGUGGUCGUGCUCGUCUGUCCACGGUUCGGGCUUUCGUCCCAACGGAGGCAAGCUUCCAAGGAGAUCAUUGAAGGUAUCCGACGGAAGCGAAGCACAUCGAUCCAGUCAUCAACUCACGACGAUGACGCGCAGGAUAAAAUCGAUGCAGAAGAAGCCAGGUGGCGGAUUCCUGCCAGCUUCUUCUACGACCCAAGCUCUCCAGAGCUCAACCCGCCUUUGGAGGAUCGAGAGUUACCGCGGCAAGGGACGCGAGCAGCUCGCUUCAUGGGCUUUGACUUCAGCCGGAUCAACAACGCAGUCUGGACCUCAAACGAGGAGUUUGCGUACAUCACCGGCCACGUGGUUUGCUUCAUGAACAUACGCAACGCGGCCGCAUGCCAGACGUGCGAUUUACACGUUUGCAAGAAGCGCGGGGCAAGCGUCCGCCGCCAUGGAGCCGACAGCGGCAGCGGCGGGAGCCCCGUCCCCGUGCGCUCUCCGAGCUGCCUCGCCAUGGACGGGGAGAACGACACCCUCGGCAACGAGACCUUCUUGGACGUCCAGGAGGAGAUCGAGGAGGAGAUAGUCAGCGAAGGCUGUAGUCAGAAUGUUUUCUUGGACCUUUGUUCUGCCCUGGGAAUCUACGCCGUCCACCGCUGCUCGGCACCGCGUGCUGGCCGUACGUGUGCAAAGGCAUAUCUGCCGCCUUCUGCCGGGCAGACGCGCUGCAGAUGGAACGACAGGUGCAUGCGCUGCCUUCCGCCCCCUUUGUACUUGAACGACACAGGCUGCAACGUCGACGGUGUCUUCUUCCGGGCGGAUGGCAGCUGCCCCUACCCCGUGCAAGGCGAAGUCUGCAACGUCUGCGAGGAGAUCUACCUGCAAGAGGUCUGCCUGGGGUUGUGCUCGGAUCUCUGUAUUUGGACGAAUCUUUCCCGCUUUCGCGGCGUCUUCUGCACGCUGCGUGAUCCCCCACCACCGCCAGAUCAAACGAUGUUGCUGAGGAUACUGAUGAUUGGUGGCGGGGUGAUCGGCUUUUUCGUCCUCGUGUACGCGUGUCGAGUGCUGUGCCGGGGUGUUCUGGCAGCCAGGGAGAAGGCCAAGCAGCAGAGGCUGAAGGAGCUCCAGAGCAGGGCCAAGAAAGGGAAGCUGGGUGCUGCAAAGUCUAUGACCACAACAAGACGGGUAGCUACAAGGAGCGAAACGGCCUUGGACAUGCAGGCUGCGGAAGGAGCCGCGUCUGCCACAGGCAGGACCUCGAUGUCCCUGCACUCCGCCGGCUCAAUGGCCUCGCUUGAAAGCAGGCAAGACGAGGCAGGAGACGCCCAGCGUGGCAAGCGCGCCUCGGUGGCCUCCGCAGCCUCUGUGGCCCGGUGCGGAAGAUCGCAGAAGUUAAUCGAGGAAGGAGGCCACAUCAGAGCAGGAGUCGGGACAAGGCCUGACAUGAAGCGCGGAAACAACAGGGAUACUGGGAGGCGUAGGUGCUACUCCUACGUAGCCCGCCUCAGGGUCAAGACAAGGGAAUCCAAACUUCGCUUGACUUGCUCUGCGGCAGCUGCCGUGUCGCAGGGAGGUAGCAUUGAACGGACUCAUGCACUGAAGCUCAGGAUGCUGAAAGCGCCGACAAAGCUGACUCACUGGACGACGGCUGAGGGCAAAAUUGAAGUUGCUGUACCGCAUUUUGCGAAAGGGCACAAUGCGGGGCUACGCCUCAGUGGCGUUCUCCCCUCACAACAAGGAUGCGCCCCAGACUACUUGCUCUCUGUGUGGGACUGGCGAAACGAACGGCUCCUCCUCAAGUGCAAGGCCUAUGGUCAGGAUGUCUUUAGCAUCCGCUGGGGUCAGUUCCCUGGCAUGCUGACCUCGGUGGGCGUCGGCCACAUCCGGUUCUGGAAGAUGGCGACUACUUUCACGGGCCUGAAGCUGCAGGGAGCACUGGGAAAGUUCGGCGCAAGCGAGCUCUCCGACAUCAGUGGUUUCGUCGAGCUGCCUGAUGGCAAAGUCGUGUCGGGCACAGAGUAUGGAAAGCUGCUGGUUUGGGAAGGCGUCUUUGUCAAGGUAGAGUUGAUGUGUGCCAAAGAGGGCACUUCGGCGCAGGAGGCUGCCACAAACCUCGCCGGAAGUCCUCAUGCGGGUGCCAUCGACGUAAUCCUCAGCGACAAGGAAAAUGGCCUAGUGAUCUCCGGCGGUGACGACGGCUUCCUCCGUUGGUGGCCCAUCGACGAGAUCGACAGUGCCGAGGCGGACUACGAUAAUGGCAUCCUGGAGUACGGAAUUCGCAUGCGCAAGGAAGUGCGCAUUCCGCCGAGCAGCGAGCAGCAUAUCUACCCUGCCCACAUCCAGCAUGUGGCUGUCUGCCCAGAUGGGGAGACUUGGUUGGUGCAGGAUUCGCGCAACGGCAUGGUGUGGUUGUACGACAUCGCAAGCACGAACUGCCAGAUGGUCUUCAGCUGUCACAGCAAGCAGGUGACGGGAACGGUUGUCUCCUCCAGCUACAGCGGGCUGAUGAUGUCAUGUGGCAUGGAUGGCACGGUUCGUGCAUUCAACGUCUCACAGGCAUGGGACAACGAGCUGCUCCCGCCUAAGAGUUUCGAGAUGCUCGGCCCUUGGCCAACGCGGGAGUCGGUGCCACCUGCGCCUUGGCUGAUGGGCGGGUUCACGGGUUGUGUGUGGGGACUGGUCGGUAUAUGUGUGUACACGCGUGUGGUUGCGGUAGAUGAACAAAUCAUCACUUGA